AUGCAUAGGAGGACAUUCCAGCUGCACAUGCAAAAGCAAAGGCCCUCACUGGGAUUUGAACCCAGGACCACUUCCAUUGUUGUAGAGCCCGGUAUCGACCUUGUCGAACGAGCGUACACCCAAAGGAAAAAACCAUCCUCAACCCGAGUGGCCAACAAGCAGAAACUCGACCUACGCGCCCUCGAGCUGCGUGACAUCAUCUCCACCGUUUACGCGUACCAUGGCAACAACUUUGAGCUCGCUGUCCAGGAAGAUGCUGAACUGGUCUUGUUCCUCUUCACGGCAGGCCGUGACUCGCCACUGCUGGCCACCAAAGCCCACCCAGACGAGUUCUUGGGGUGUACUCGGGUCUUCUUCUACCCUCAGCGAGACCCCACAAACAAAACUACCGGCUCUAUCGUCACGCCUGUUAUUACCUCUUGGAAGGGCUUCAACAAGGGCAAGCGCCUCAUGAUCACAUUCACAAUCCGGCGAACCGCCCUCUGA